UGUAACGUAAUCUAUCUCUGAAAUUACUAGACGAUUCAGACAAACAAAAGUAAACGUUUAGUAAAAUGAUAAAUUUGUAUAGUUUAUUAUUUAGUGGCUUACAUCGCCAAAACUAAAAAUACAAUUAGAAUAAGUUUUUUCAUUGAAAUAUUAAAUACAUUUUAGAACAUAGAAUUAAAUUUUAGUUCGAUUAUAUCGUUGACGUGUAAUAAUGCAAUCAUGACUAUUAUGCAGUCGUUUCUUAACACAAAAUCCUUGGCACCAGAUAAGCACGAAAAUGUUCGAGAUCAUUAUUGGCAUAAGGGGAGUGUUGAAAUGUAAUUAAUUACGAAUAUGCCAACAAUGAUUAUUAGAAUUGUAUGGAACAAUAGUUCCAUGUACUGUAUUAAUAUGUGAAUGAUUUAGAACAGAAAUAUACUUUUAAAUGACCUUUGCUUCGAAAUGGAUUUAUUCGAUGUUUUUGAUUUGGAUCAAAAAUCCAAUGAUAUUGAAAAAAGUAAUGAUAAUGGUGAAAAAAAAUUGAUGACCACCGACGAAGAUGUUGACAACGGUUUGAUCGACAAAUCAAUCAAAGAUGUGAAACGUAACAAAGAUAAUGAUGAAAAUCUUCUAAUCACUUCAAUGAUAGAUGAAUGGACCAUAACACCUGAUGAUACAGAUGAUCAUGAUGAUGAAAAUUUGGGUCAGUAUUAUGCAAAUUUUACUGCUCGUGUCGCAAUUCAUAAACUGGAAACACAAGGAUCGUGUGUACAUGAAGUGGUCAUUCAUGACGAUUUGGAAUAUGUGCCUCUUCGAGAUCAUAGUGGAAAUCCUAUUUAUAUGCCUGCUAAAUCAUAUAAAUUCCCAUUGGAUUCAUUUCAAAAAGAAGCAAUCCUUUGUAUUGAAAAUAAUCAAAGCGUUUUGGUUUCGGCACAUACUUCGGCUGGUAAAACGGUUGUUGCCGAAUAUGCCAUUGCAUCUUCAUUGUGAAAACGAAAACGUGUUAUCUACACAACACCAAUCAAAGCAUUGAGUAAUCAAAAAUAUCGCGAAUUUAAAGAUGAAUUUGAAGAUGUAGGAUUAAUCACUGGCGAUGUGACAAUCAAUCAGAAUGCCACUUGUUUGAUUAUGACCACAGAAAUUCUACGUUUAAUGUUAUUUCGUAGGAAGGAAAUUAUACGUCAAGUCGGAUGGGUUAUUUUCGAUGAAAUUCAUUAUAUGCGUGACCGAGAACGUGGUGUUAUCUGGGAAGAGACCAUCAUUCUUCUUCCCGACACUGUCCAUUAUGUUUUCCUAUCCGCUACUAUACCGAAUGCAAGACAAUUUGCCGAAUGGAUAGCUUAUCUACAUCAUCAAAGUUGUCAUAUUGUCUAUACAGAUUUUCGUCCAACACCAUUAAAACAUUAUAUCUAUCCAGCUGGUGGUGGUGGUGAUGAACUUUAUUUGGUAUUGGAUGAACAAAAUAAUUUUAGUGAAGAAAAUUUCAAUACAGCCAUGAAUGUGUUGAAAAAUUCAUCAUCCAAAGUUGUUGAUCCGAGUUGUAUCAAAAUUAUCCCUAUAAUCAUGAAACGAAAUCUGGCACCAGUUAUUCUAUUUUGUUUUAGCCGUAAACAAUGCGAACGUUAUGCACUUGAAAUUAGCAUUCUUAAUCUGGAUUAUAAUUCAGCCGAAGAAAAAACAUUAGUCGAAGAAGUAUUCAACAAUGCAACCGAUAAACUUAGUGAUGAAGAUAAAAAAUUACCACAAGUACAGCAAAUAUUACCACUUCUUAAACGUGGUGUUGGCAUCCAUCACAGUGGUCUUUUGCCAUUGAUCAAAGAAAUGAUUGAAAUUUUAUUCGGUAAAAGUCUUAUUAAGGUAUUGUUUGCCACUGAAACAAUUGGCAUGGGUUUGAAUAUGCCUGCUCGAACGGUUGUAUUCACUAGUGUACGAAAAUUUGAUGGUAGAAAUUCGCGAUUUCUAACUUCAAGUGAAUACAUUCAGAUGAGUGGCCGUGCUGGUCGUCGUGGUUUCGAUGAACGUGGUAUAGUUAUAUGCCAAAUUGAUAAAAAAAAUAGUCCAAUUCUGGUUGAACAAAUGAUUUGUGGUAAACCGGAAACAUUGAAUUCAGCAUUCCAUUUAACAUACAAUAUGGUUUUAAACCUAUCGCGUGUUGAACAAGUGAAUCCAGAAUACAUUCUCAAACAUAGUUUUUUUCAAUUUCAACAAUAUCUGGAAUAUCAUAAGCUCGAUGAAAAUCUCUCUCAUUAUUAUAAAGAAUUUCUCAAUAUCGGCAAACAAAUUGAAUUUUUUGAGGAAGAACUUUGUCGUAAUGAAAAAAAAAAUAAAACCAUAAACAUAAUUCAACAAUAUAAACGAAUUAAAUUGGAUAUUGAAAAUGAAAUGAGACAAACGAAAGAAAUGAUGAAAAAGAUCACAAGUUCAUCACUGAUUGAUGAAUUGAAAUGUCGUAAACGUGUACUACGUCGUUUAGAUUAUUGUACACCGGAAGAUGUCAUCCUAAUUAAAGGACGAGUUGCCUCUGAAAUUACUGGUGCUGAUGAAUUAUUAUUGACCGAAAUGUUAUUCGAUGGAUUUUUCAAUGAUUUAAAUGUGUACCAGAUUGCCGCAUUAUUAAGUUGUAUGGUUUUCGAAGAGAAAACAGAAAUUCUACCUAAAUUGAGCGAAGAAUUAUCUAAACCAUUGAAAACGAUGCAAGAAUUUGCGAAAAAAAUUGCAACCGUCUCAAAGGAAACAAAAUUAGAAAUCGAUGAAAAAGUUUAUAUAGAAAAAUUUCGACCAAAUCUUAUGGAUGUUAUUUAUUCAUGGACAAAAGGAAAAUCAUUUUCAGAAAUAUCUAAAAUGACCGAUGCAUUCGAAGGGUCAAUAAUACGUUGUAUGCGACAAAUAUCUUAGGUUUGGCUAAGAAGGAUAAACGUAUUAUAAUGAUGAUGAUGUGUUAGAUGUGUUAGGUUGGAUUUGCCAUUUUAUCGAUUCCAAAAUUUCUUUCGAUUUUUCAUCAUACACAGUAUCAAGUAAUAUAUACCUGUCUGCAUCAAUUUUUAUUUUUUUCUUGUUCGACAAAUCAACAAUUUUCGUCAAUUCUUCAUUUUAUUAAAUGAUGGCCUCAUUCAAUUUAUGUGUUUUCACAAUUAAAUCAGUAUUCGAAAACGUA